GUCACACACUCACUCACUCACUCACUGGAGGUGGGGGCACGGAGCGACAGAGCUAUUAGCUUGGCUGCAGCAGACAUCAUUGUACGAGAGGAGGGCAGACGAUUCCACCGGCAGUGCGCGAGAAUAACGCACGGAGAGCCUCGCGCUUCCUUGCCCGUUAUACCGUACAGGAAUGGUGAAGGUUGUUGGAGCCAGGCAGACGCAGACGCAGACACAGACGUGGACAGACAGAGUGGGAAUCACGAGCCGUCCCCUCAGACAGCAGGAGGAGAGAUUUUUCCAUCCCCAUCCCAGUGAUUUCAUCUGGACUCUUCUCUCCGAUUGAACCUGGUUCAGAUCCGCCUGUAUCAUCCUGCUGGGCUGUGCUGGAGGCCUGCAAGUCGCCUUGGGAUUGUAACGACUUCAAUGGGCCACAACACUUGCUGAAACACUGGAGGCGACUGAAUGAGGUUCUUCCUGCAGUCCUGGAGACUCGCUCUCAGAGGGAAAUGAUUCCGCAUGAAUUGCAUGGAGCGCUUUUCCACAGCAGGUGUGACUUCCGUUGCUUAAGACUGAAAUCUGUGUCCAUCCGACCAUAGGUACAGGACACAUCCCUACACACCACCACUCUCCUCUCUACCCCAUCCCCAUCCUUGUUCCGAACCAGUCAGUGGAAGGGCACACUCUGUUAGCAAUACAAAUAGACACCAAGAGGGAGAGCCAAAAAAGACAGGGGGAAGAAACAUCCAGAAAGACACCAUGAAGUCAAACCAGGAGCGGAGCAAUGAAUGUCUGCCCCCAAAGAAGCGUGAAAUCCCAGCAAGCACUCUGCCCUCAGAGGAGAGGCCCAUGGUGAUGGCGCCUGCCAGUGAGAGCCAGCGUUCGGGAAACCUGGCCUGGCUUGCCAGUUUGGCAAGUGGACAUGACAGAGGGCGGCAGCACACCAGCACCUUCUCAGAACCCGAUGGGCCUCAAUAUAAACCAUUGUCAGCCACAGCUGAAAGUACACCUCCCUCGUCCAUGCACUUAUCCAGAGGUCCCACUGCAGUGACCACAAUACCUUCCGUGUUCACGUCACCCCUCUCUCAGCCUGCUGGCACUAUCCAGUACACACCCCUGCCUCCCAAUCUUCACUUCAUCAGCUCUCCAUACUCUGCACCAUAUGCUGGCUACAUCUCACCUCUAGUUCCCCAUUCGGUUGCCACCACUACCACACAACGUGAGUUUUAUGCCAGCACCUACAGUUCUCCAGCAUUGAAAAUUGACCAGCACCACCAAUUUGGCCGUCCUCCUGGCAUGGUCACAACUGACAACACCUCUUCACCCCACUCCACCCAAUACAUCCAAAUUGCUGGUUCUCCUCUAAGCGUAUCUCCUCGGACUGCUCCGUCACCCCAUGCUCACUUGCCUCCACACUUACACCCUCACCACACGCUCCCCAUCAGUGGCCCAUCGCCAGUCUUACACAUCACACACACAGAUGGACCUUUAUCCAAGAGGGAGGAGACAAGGCCCAGGGAGGUUCUGAACGGAGAGCUGGAGAAGUACAGACGCUUUGGUCCAUCUCCCGAAUCUAGUGCAGGGAAGCAGGCCAGCACUGCCAAAGGGGGUUCCUCCACCCAGCAGCACCAGAUCCACCAGCAGCAGAGCCAACGUAACUAUGAGGCUCGACAAGUUGUGCUACCUGCCGAAUAUGCGCAGGACAGCACAGCCAUGCGGACCUCGUUGGUGUUGGUACCCAACAGUCAUAGCUCUGGUGUUGCUGAUCCUGGAGGUACACCUGACAAGCUGCCUCCCCCAACGUCCCACACUGAGAAAGGAGGGAUUUGCACAGGCAAACCUGUAUCCCGCAGUUCCUCCUCCUCAGCUUCCCUUCCAUUCCCUCCUCCCCCUCCACCUGUGGACAGUCUGAGGGGGGCAGUUACCACACUGUCUCCUCAUGCCAUCAUCCAGACCACUCAUAACACCACAGAGUCCCUUUCCCUGGGCCUCCACUCCACCAAUUUUUACUCUGCUCAGCAGCCCAUCAUCGGUUACAUUGCCGGCACAGGGCACCAGCAGCCUGUCAGCUACCACACCAGCCUAUCCCAGCACCUGGUCAUCCCUGGAACUCAACCGGUCAUCAUCCCAGUGAGUGGAACUGAAGCUACUGCUACAUCAUCCACACAGCCCUUGCCUGUGGCACUGCCCCAUGCGUUCGUCACUUCAAUGGCCCCAAAAGUAGAGACUUUUGAGGCUCCAGCCCCAUACCCUCACCCUGCCGCAGCUGUUGUUCAAGCCCAGUUGCAUUUGCCUGUGGUACCAGCCCCUACCGGCCUACUGACAUCGCCACCGCCACCCUCAGCCCCUUCACUGCCCCUUUACUUCACCAAGGGCUCCAUCAUCCAGUUGGCAGAUGGAGAAUUAAAGCGGGUGGAGGACCUGAAGACUGAGGAUUUCAUUCAGAGUGCUGAGAUCAGCAAUGAGCUGAAGAUUGACUCCAGCACUGUAGAGCGCAUUGACAGCAGUCAUACGCCUAACUUUGCUAUUAUACAGUUUGCUGUCGGAGAGCAUCGCUCACAGGUCAGCGUAGAGGUGCUUGUAGAGUAUCCUUUCUUCGUGUUCGGCCAGGGCUGGUCAUCAUGUUGUCCAGAACGGACAACCCAGCUGCUCGAGUUGCCAUGCACCAAGCUUUCCGUAGGCGACGUUUGCAUCUCCCUUACCCUGAAGAACCUGAGGAAUGGCUCCAUCAAAAAAAGCCAGGGGCAAGUCUUGGAUGCGCCUUCCCUCGGCCCACCCCUUAAAUCACCCAAAGCACUCUCCAGUGGUGUACGAGGAGGUGUUCGGCACACAGAACAGGAAAAUGGACUCGGAAAGUGUGGAGAUCAGGGAGGUGGAGGCGUCCAAGCCAAUAGAGAGAAUGGAGAACUGAGGUUUGGCGAAAGAGACAUCUGUAAAGCACCACCAGUCACUGAAUCAGAGUCCAGCAGCAAGCCCACAGGCCGCAAAAGGAGGUGGUCGGCCCCUGAGGGCCGCAAAGUAGAAAAUCCUGAAGGAGAGCCUCCUUUAACGUUCCCCAAACCUUCCUUCAUCCCUCAGGAGGUUAAAAUCAGUAUCGAAGGCAGAUCAAAUAUUGGAAAGUGAAUGAGCAUUGGACUGUCAUAUUUUAAAAGCAAAAAUUGCCCUCGGAAUGUUUUAGGUUCUUUAUUUUAUGUUCUGAUUUAAUUUUCUAUCCAGAUUACAUAAAGGCUAAAUUUACUCAGUAUGUACAUUAUCACUUUUAACUUAGUGUAAUAACCUAUGUAAUAGAUACAUUCAAUAUUACACAGGCAAUUGGUGCAAUUUGUUUGAUCGGUGAAAUUCAGAGCAGAUGUAGUGCAAGGUGUGAAGAUCAUGAGAUACCCGAGCACUGCAUGAUAUCCUGAAGGCUUCAGUAUACACAAUCAGUCACAGCUAACCAGACUAAGACGUCUCUCCAGUCUCUCACCUACAACAUCCUCUACUUUUUUUUUAGCUCAGACAAACCUGGUUUAACUACACCUAGUGGCAAUUAAAUCAUUCGCCUGCUGAGUGAACCUGAAAAUGUUAGUAAGUGAAGAUGAACAACUGGUGUGAAUAACAUUGUUAAUGGUGGCAGAACGGAAAUCACUCCUCCACUGGUUGCAGGAGUUUACAUGAUGUCAGCCAUCUUGUUUAACUGUGACUAAAAAGACUAUCCAAAUCAAUGCUAACAAUGUAUCCUCAGCGCAGUUAGACUAGCAUAGAUUAUAUUAACAUUUAUUGAAAUGCAAGAAGAGGUGUCCAAAUACUAUGGUACAGGCCAAGAGAGAAGAUGUCACUGAGCGGUGCCAGUUGCUCCUCAGAAAGAUGAAACUAUCAUUUAAAACAGGGAAGAUGGACGAGUGUGAUUUUAUAUAUCCAACUCUCUAACCUUUUAUUAGACUAUUUUUGUAGUUUUGCAUGUUUUAAUUUUCCGUCUCACUUUUUUAAACCCUCCUAUCAUACAUGAUGGGUAGUUUUUUUUUCUUUUCUUUGUUUGUGAUGACUGUGUAAACCUUGCAAUCAGGGGUAAUUUUUUUUUUUUUUUACAUAGACACAGGAUGGGUUCUUGUCUGUAUAUGUAUAUGCAUGGAUGUAUCUUGAUGCAUACAAACACAAUGGGUGAGAAGAUCGAUCAGUCCCUUGUUUUUAGUGCAGUCUCAACUGUUUUUUUGUUCAAACAAGAAAAAGUGGGGGGGUUCGAAAAAAAGAGAGCGAAAGAUGUCUGAAUAGGUUGAGAUGAGUGUUGUCCUGAAGCACUUACUUUACACACCUGUCAUGUUCUACUAACUAGCUAUUAAUAGUUUCAAUCAAUUAAGUCAAAUUAUUACUAUUAUUAUAUAAAUUAUUACUAUUAAUUAUUAUUAUUAUUGCUACUUCUAUUUUCUGUUGUUCUUUCAACAUGAACACAGUGCUGUAUGCUGUAUCAUGAAUUGGAUGUUGUGUGGCACUCUGUGGGAUGGUGAUGGCUCACAAGGGUCAUAGUGAAGGGAUGAAUGUAACGGGUGAUGACAGAGAAAAUUAGAUUUUGUCCCCAAGAGGACUGCUUUAAAAGAAGCACUUUUUUCUUUGAGUAUGAUUGGCUAAGUCUUCUCAAGCAAUCUGACGGCUUGAGUAAAGAUGAGCGCAAGAGGCUGCGGACCGUGAAACAACUGCCAUUUAAGUCAUUUAAAGUCGUAUGAAAGUGUGAAUGCAGGUGGAAAUAAGUAAGGAGACUGUUUAUAUAUUUAAGAGAGAUAUGAGAGACAAAGUGAGAAAUUCUGGCUACAGGAUUCUUCUGAGGAUCGAAGGGUGUCAUAUACCUGUUUGUUAGCAAUGUAUGUGGUCGUGGACGCAUGCAAGUCUGUGUACUGUUGCACACGGGCUCAAACACACAUACACAGUUACGGUAAUUUUCGAUCAUGUUGAAAUAUGUCAUGUAUUUUUUGUACAUUAACAUGUAUAGAAUUGCAUAUGCUAUAUCUAUCUUAAUGUAAGAGACCGCAAGACUACAUGAGCACGUUUUAGUCCCGUCCCCCAAGACAAUGACUCAUCAAACGUAUGUGAAAGCAGUCAUGUAGUAAUUUCAGUGAUCUGUAGUAUAUAUUUGUGUGAGCAUGCGUGAGUGUGUUUUGUGUGCGUGCAAGUGUAUGGUAUGUGUACAUACCACACAUAUUAUAAAUAGAUAUUUAAGUUCUACUUAAAAGAAUAUUGCAUUUUGCACAUCUGGAGAGAUAGUAACAUGAUUUAUUUUGUUUUCUGCCAGCACAGGACAGGGCCGAAAACCUAAUUUUUACUGAAAUGUAGCAGUUUCUUGACAAGUUUGCUAGGUUCGCAGGUCUGUUGGGCUCAUUUUCAUUAGGAAAAUCAGGAAGCCCCUUUUCAGGGGGUUUGAAUCACACACAAACACAUGAAAGUAGGAUUGUGCAUGGUGCUGUCGAAGUGUUCGCUUCAUAGGGGUGGAUGAAUUCAUAGCCUGUAGCCUGCAUACUUGUUGAGUCCUUUGAGUGGCCACACUCAAGUUAGCUUGGGUAGGUGAGGAUCUGGCAGGAGGAUGGGUGGUAGUAGAGAAUAAAAGAUGCAUGGAUGGAUGGAUUGAUUUAAUGAGUGGUGGAGGGUGGGUGGGUGAGUGCACCCCAUAAACAAUUUGAAAAUGCUUUAUUUUUUUAUAAUAAAACAGGGUUUCUCAGAUCAACAACACAACCGUGCAUUUUUUUCUUUUUUCCAUUUGACAUUACAUCUCUGUCCCCUCAAAGUGUGCGUGUUUGAGUUUUACUUGGACUGUAUGUGUGUGAAUGUAUAUGCGUUAACCAAUCAAACUUGAUAUUUUCAUUGUGUUCAACAUUUAUUUUGGGCCAAAAGGUAGAAAUAAGAUGUGAUAUUGUUUAUCCAUUGAACCACCCCAACAACAUGACUGUCAAUGGCGAAUCAGUCUUGCGUUUUGUUUCUCUGAUCUUUCGCUUUUUUCUGUCUCUUCGUGUAAUGACCAGUGUUUCCGAUGUUGCUUAUUGCUUCGAUCUUUUUACAGUCUGCCUCCUGGUUGCACAGUGCGGUUCCACGUACACACGAGAAGCAUUCCGAACAACGGCACGUAGCAAUAACCCUUAGUCUCUAGUGCUGAACCAAAAAAAAAAGAGAGAACCGGACAUCAACGCCAGACCUUCUGUUCGACCUCAGCAAGCUGUUUUUUAUGCUCUUUAGGUUGAGUUGCGGUUUGCACAUCCAGCCCUCAGUAACUUCAGGGAGAAAUGUAAAUUAAUAUGCAGUGACAGAGUCUGUCCCCUCCUAGUCGUCUUAACACGUAAUCGAUAAUGACCUCCAGAAGCUCUUCAGGUGCCCAUACAGAACCAGUACGCCUCUCUCAGAGUAUGUUUACCCAACUGCAACCGUUAGCUACCUUCUGUUGCCUGGCAUGUACGUGCGACCGCUUUCUCACCCGACACACCCACUAUAGUUCAAGAACGUUGUUUUCUUUUCUCUCUUUUUAUCGGACUCUCUCUCAUUCAUAGCCAUAGAACCUUGACAGUAUUUGUGAUGGAAUUUCAUAUUGCCUAGCUUGUUGAAAUGACAGUAGUUUUUUUUUUGUUGGGUGAAAAAAGUCAAUUAUAACUAUUCACCUAUGAUAUGUAUUAGAGUCAAUGUAAAUUGUAAAUUCAGCUCAUUUUACUUCCACAAUGUGAUGUAUUUCAGAGCUAAAAAGGGUAUUCAGUCAAGAAAACUGGCUUUCGAAUCAGAAUGCAUACCAAAUUGACCCUUCGCAGGGAGCUUGAUUGACAGGCGAUCUGCCCAAUCAUAAAGUCGAAUCUGCCAUUUUGUCUGACAAACAAAUCAGACAGUAAAGUAAAUUAACUUAGGCGGACUUAAACUUUCCGCGGAAAAUUUCCAUUCGUUUAUUAUGUGCUUGGCGUAAAUAUGAAAAGAUUAUCAGUUCACGUGCCGCUUCAACUGAGGCGCUACUGUAUUUUGUCAUGACGCAUUAGAGAGCUACAAAAUCAUUUAUUAUUUAUUUAUUAUUUAUUGUUUGAAUUUCUCACAAAAUUUUGAUUUUGAUUCAUACCUGGUCUUGUCUGUUGGCACAUUCUACUUUACACAUUCUACAUCUACUUUGCUCAGCGAUGUAUUUUUCACUUUGUAAGAACAUAAUGUAUGGCGUGAUAGCAGCAAGACUUAUCGGACAUAGCAAGGGGCGGGUCUUUGCGAAUGGUCAAUUGAUCAAUAUUCCUCCCAUAGCCUUUCUGAAAGUGAUUUCAGUGAAAAAAUAAGCUAAAGUUUAUUUAUAUUCUAUACAAUGAAUCGCUCACAAUAAGACCUGGAAUGGGCAUUGAGGAAGUAAAUAGUAACCGAAUUUUGAUUCACAUGUUAUGAACCGAGACAAAAGCAAUUUUAAAUGUAUAAUUCCAGCCAGGUGUGAUUUUUUUUUUGCAUUUAGACUUGAAGAUGUUAAGACUUAAAUCUGAGUGUCCAUGUCACUGAUUGUCUCUCAAAUACUGAAGAAUAAGUCCAACUGCAGAUGAAUUAAACACGAUUGACGUGCGAUGACCUGAAUGAAUGAAGCAUCACAGACGUUCUGUGCCGUCACAUUUGAUGGUCAUCACAAACAAAGAGAAUAAACGAUGCACAUGGUACAGCUGGCAGGUUUGCUGUGCUGAUAAUGAUAGUCUCUUGUGACAUCCAUGCAGAGAGAGACGAGAAAAAUAAGAGAACAUUACAAGUGGCGGACGCUGUUUUGACACUCAAACCCCACUGAGAACGUUCUAAACUCUUCUUCUGAUUAAGUUUGACAUGUUACACUUGUAACAGUUCGUGCCAUCUGUAUGUAGCACUGUUUCUGUGGUUUCCAUUCAUAUACCUUCUCCCUUAAAUCGUAUUGCUUGAUUAAAACCAUAUGUAGCCUGUGGGUUUUAUGAUUUUAAUUUGCUAUUUGUAAGUGAUAUUGUAGUGAACCCCUGAUCUACCAUUUUUGCACAUUUUUUCUUUUUUUCUUUCUCUGUGUGUUUCAUUCUCUUUGGCAGAGGGGUGAGUUUGCUGUCUCUGACUUUAUGACAACAUCAUUUGCGUUUCUGUUAAAGGUCAAAAUCUUUCCUUGGGCUUACUCAGGGAUGAGAAAUAGGUGUGAACGUGUGUGUUGAGGAGGUUGUGUGAUCUUUGAAAGGUUUGUGUACAUGUAAAGAGUUACAUAUAUUGUGUGUUAAACUGCUGUAACCAGAAGCAGUCACUUCAUUGGCCCUAUGUUUUGGUUUCCCACAAUGUCUCUACACCACACGAGGCCUUCCUAACACACUCUGUCUGUCUCCGUGUAUCCGUCUGUUUGUCUGCAUCACAAGCUGUCUGUCCGUCUGCCUGUUGUCCCUUUGACGUCACAAGCCCAGAUCCUCACACAUGCAAGAUACUGAAAAAAGACUGAGAAAUGAUUCAUCGACCUCAUCAAAGUGGGGACCACUUUUAUAGAAAAACAAAAACAAAAUGCACAUUUAUUUUGUCAUUUAUAAAAUAGAUAGACUUGAUAAUACUGUUUCAGCACUUUCUAAUCCUGAGGAAAAUAGGGUGAGAGGUUGGUGUCAUCGCAGUUUCUCCCCUACAAUACGAAUACCCUCUGUCUCGGCUCGUUUCUGGGUCCAACGGGCUGAGACGGCGAGGACACAGAGUUCAAAUAAAGUUGGAAUGGUCCGCUAUGAACCUGAGAUGACUUGUUGUUGUACUGAUGUGUGCUAGAACACCGUUUUUAUUUGUUUUAUUUUCAUGUUGGUUCUAUAUUUGACCUUGCUUCAUGUACUUUGGACUUUGUACUUUUGCUUCGGUCUCCUCUGUAGCACUCUUUUAUCAUGGCAGGAGACGAGAGGAAGUGUUUUAAUGAAUGUUUUUAAGAGUUUUCGAGCGGCUCUGUGACAGCUCGCUCUCUCAUAAGAGGAGCACCGCUGACAAUUUCCUUGUUUUUACUUUCAUUUCUCUGGCACAAAUGACAAAAAAAAAAAAAAAGACGAAUGUUGGAUUGCGAGUUUCAGCAGUUUGAAAAAUAAAUCAAAAGAUUUUCUUUUCUUUUAUUGUGGCUCUCAUUGAAACAAUGACAAAAUACAUUUUUUUAUUUUGAGUUUGCUUUUCUUUGAAAUCACUUGUAAAAUCAGUCAGGAUUUCUCUGUUCAACUUGACUGUUGUUUGACAUCUUGUCAAUUGUCCAAACCGCUGGAUUAACAACCUCAGGCUGAGAAACUUCUACAAGCCCAAUAACUAACUGAUGUAUGGGCUGCUUGAUAUGGGUAUUGUAACUAGUCUUAUUGUUAAUUCUAUAAUUAAUAUAUGAACAUUCAGCUAUAUCAGUGCUGGAUAGUGAAAACAGUGCACACUUCUUAAAAGAGGAGGCAUGCCCAGCCCUCGUCUCUCAUGCCGUUUUGGUGAGCCGGUAAACUGACAAACACUUCCUCAGAGAGAGGUACGUCCUGGGUUCUGUCACCCUCAUCUGGCCUGGCACAGGAAAGAGACUCGUGCAACCAUCCACUGAUGAAUCCUGAGGAGUAUUUGUCACUGUUGGGUUGAACUGGACACUCAACCCUGGUUAACCACUGAGAACUAACCGCCAGGGAUGUGUUGACUAUCACAGGCCCAAACCGACUCAUGUACAGAUGCUGUUUUCACAUACCCGAUGUCACCUUCACGCAUAGCAAUCGAUAGCCUCGUAACGUGUGUAUUUAUCCUUCAGAAUUUGUACAACUACACUCUCGAGAUAACAUAUCUUCAAGAAAAACGGUAAUUUUGUAAUUCUGGAUUUCUUGCCGAUGAAUGCUUAAUAAGAUGUCUCUGUAAACUUGUACGCUGUAAAAUAUUUUUAGGCCUAAUUUUAACAUGUCAUUUCCAAGUGUUUGUUUUGUGUAAAUUGGAUUCUGAAUGAAUGGUGGAGGUAGUUCCUCAGCACUUUGAAUAAUCGCCCCCUAAAUUUUAAAGCUGAGGCCAGAAACGCAAACUAUUAUGUACUCCUUGUCAGGUGAACGGCGUUUGGUUAUCAUUUAAAUGUGCACGCAUGUCCAGCCACCUCUUUUUUUGUUUUCCCUUAUGAGACUGAAAAGUGUUUUGUGAUACGCAGGAAGCCAUUGGUCAUUCCUCAGGAAGGAGUGGGUUCAGAUAUAGCAGUAAUACCCCGGGCUUGCUGGACUAGAGGAGUUGCAGGUCUUGUCAUAAAGAGAUUUGAAGUCUUCCAUUGGAAGGGAAAUGGAAGCCGUUUCUAGUUUCUUUUUUCACUUGCCAUUGGGCAGAAAGAUCCAUGAGCAUAAAACCUCCGGAUUGGACCUUUACCUACUGUUUGAAAACAAUGACUGGCUGGAGGCAUAUUGACAGUGUUGUUGUUUUCUCCAUAGCUUCAGUGCUGUGGAUUUACUGGACCUAUAGUGUGUAAGACACCACGCAGAAAUAUUGAGCGAGACUGUUAAAGAAAAAUUGAAUGUCACAUCCAAUCCCCAGGUUCUGUUUUCUUGGAAUUGAAUCAGAGGAGUCUGGCCAGUAGCAAGAGAUGGUUGUUGGGAGAGGAAGUAGUGUUUUGCACCUUAUUUAGUAGAGGAAAUUAGAUAUUAAAAAAAUAUAAAGCCCUAGGUAGGAAAUCAAUGUGAAAGGCCAUUUUUUUUUCUUUUAGGUUCAUUUUAUUUCCAUAUGCGUGCAUACUCUGUAAGUUGUGCAAAAUAUUGUACUUGCACUAGCUUUUCUAAAAAGAAAACUAAUAUAAAAAAAUUUGAACUGAAAUUCUAUUUUCUAAUUGUGGUGUGUCUGUUUGUAGGAUACACUCACGUUGUUUCUUGAAUUAUUUUAUUUUUUUCGGUCCCUUUCUUUGUUGGUGCUUGCCGGUUUUCUAGUUAGAACUUAUUUCAUUAUUCUGAACAACAAAACAAUAUUUGAUUCAGGUUGUGAACAAAUUUGUUUAAAAAAAGAAAUUGUCUGUAUACCAGUACAAGUUUAUUGUUGCAGUAUACACGUACUAAUAAAAAUUAUAGUGCCAAUUGCAAA